CUCUUGAUCGAACGAUAUUCCAAAAACGAGAAAAGGAAACUCUCUUCCUUUUUUUUUCUGUAAUUCGAGAAAAAGGAAACUCCUCUCCGUCCAAAAGCUUCGAUCUUUAUUUUUCCUUCUUAGAAAAUCUUCAGUCGUCUCUUUUCCCUUGAGCAAAAGUUUCGAUCUUUAAUUACCACAAAAACAACAACAACAACAACAACUACGAUCUUUCUUCGUUUUUGGAUCUAUAUAUCGAGAUGGGGCUGAUCCCUGAUCUUUCCGACGACGUUGCCCGCGAGUGUCUCUUACGCGCCUCCUACGCGCAAUUUCCGGCGAUCUCUUCCGUCUGCAAAAGCUGGAAGCGAGAAAUCUCCCUCCCUGAAUUUUUCCGACGACGUAGAGCUUGCCGCCAUAGCCAGAAGCUUCUGGUAAUGGCCCAGGCCUGGGUCGACCCGGUUAAGAAAUCCGGAACCCGACCCGGUAAGACCUUUUCCAGUCCGACUUUCCGGAUCUCGGUCCUCGAACUCGGUUCGGGUCUCUGGACCGAGCUUCCUCCGGUUCCGGGUCUCCCCAAUGGCUUGCCUCUGUUCUGCAGAUUGGCCGCAGUCGGGUCGGAUCUUGUAGUGCUGGGUGGGCUUGACCCGGUGACAUGGCAGGCAUCCGAUUCGGUUUUUAUCUUCAGCUUCCUGUCCUCCACGUGGCGCCUCGGCGCGAGCAUGCCAGGUGUACGGCGCUCGUUCUUCGGUUGCGCGUCGGAUUCCGACCGGACGGUGUUCGUCGCAGGCGGGCACGACGAAGACAAGAACGCGCUGACGUCAGCGAUCUCGUAUGACGUGGCGGAGAACAGGUGGGUCCCUUUGACCGACAUGGCUAGGGAGCGAGACGAGUGCUUGGCGAUCUUCCACGGUGGCAGAUUCCACGUCGUCGGAGGAUAUACGACGGAGGAGCAGGGGCAGUUCUGUAAAAGCGCCGAGUCCAUAGACAUCUCCACGUGGCGGUGGGGACGGGUAUCGGAGGGACACCUGCAUUCGUCCACUUGUCAGCCGGUGUGCGCCGCCGAUGAAAACGGGGAGCUGUACGCGUGCUGCCGCGGCGAAGUGACGGCGAAGAGUGAUGAGACGUGGCAGAAAGCGAUGGAGAUACCUGCUGACGUGUACAAUGUUGCUUACGUGGCAGCAGUGGGCGAACGGAAGUUAGUGGUGAUUGGGUCGGCUAGAUUCGGCGAUCCCACCGUGGCAUACGUCGGUGACCUGAACACUUCGGAGUGGGUAAAAGUGGAAAGUAGUGAAAAAUACGAAGGCCACGUUCAAACCGCUUGUUUUAUGGAACUUUAGGAGCUCCGUAUAUAAUAUUGUUUACUCUACUACGAUAGUGGCAUUUGUAAAUAUGGGUUGUUUUGGGCCGAAUAAAUUCCCCUCGUGGCCCAUAAGCCCAUUGACAAUUU